AUGGGGAAUACUUUCCUCAACUUAGCUCUUCUUAUCAUCUCCCAUUUUUCUAUGCCUACUUUCUCUAUGAAAUUAACCACCAUACUUACAGAUCAAUCAGUUCUUCUAGCAUUAAAAGAUCAUGUUAUUCAUGAUCCUAAAAAUGUCUUGACAACUAACUGGUCAACCUCUGCCCCUAUUUGCAAUUGGUUUGGUGUAAGUUGUGGAUCCAAGCACCGUAGAGUCACAGCUCUAAACCUUACUGGGUUGGGACUCGUAGGCACCCUUCCACCUCACUUGGGAAAUUUGUCAUUCCUUUCUCUUCUUUAUGUCACAAGCAAUAGUUUCUAUGGCGGAUUACCUGUCCAGUUAUCCAAUUUGCGACGGCUGAAAUCUUUAAGCUUUGCUAACAACUCCUUCAGUGGAAAAAUCCCAUCAUGGUUGGGAUCAUUAACUGACUUCGAAAGACAUAAUAUGCUCUCUGGCUCCAUAUCCUCUGUUCCACGUGAUUUGCUUUUGCUAGAAGUCAUCGAUUUCACCUUCAAUAAUCUCACUGGUCAUAUCCCAAAAGAUAUGAUUGAUCAUCUUCCAAAUUUGAAAGAAUUGUACUGGAGUUUUAACCUGCUUUCUGGUAGAAUUCCUGCCAGUCUAUUCAAGUGCAAAGAGUUACAAGCGUUAUCUUUAUCGUAUAACCAAAUGGAGGGGAGCCUACCAAUAGAAAUUGGGAAUUUGAGCCUGCUUCUAGACAUCUCUAUUGGUCGGAACCACUUUGAAGGUAUAAUACCACAUGAGAUUGGCAACCUAAACAAUCUAAAUUGGUUGAAUUUAGCAUUUAACAAUAUUGCUGGUUCUAUUCCUCCACAAGUGUUUAAUAUUUCAACUCUAAGGAUGAUUUCUUUGGAUACAAAUCAGCUCUCUGGCCAUCUUCCAUCAAACAUGGGCCCUUUCCUUCCAAACAUGGAGCAAUUAUAUCUUGAUUUCAAUCACCUUGCCGGCUCGAUCCCAAUGUAUAUUUCCAAUGCCUCUCAGCUUACUGUUCUUGACAUGUCUAAUAAUUACUUUUCAGGGUCCAUUCCUGAUAAUCUGGGCAAUCUAAGAAAUUUAAAGUUUCUCGACCUGGCGGGUAAUAAUUUAACUUCCUCAGGAAUGAGCUUUCUCUUUUCUUUGACAAACUGUAGAGUCUUGGAGAAGUUUCUUUUCGAUAGCAACCCAUUUAUUAGUGGUGAACUCCCAAGAGUGGUAGGAAAUGUCUCAAUUUCUCUUGAAGAGUUCUCUGCUUAUUCAUGCAACAUCAGGGGUAGCAUCCCCAAUGAAAUUGGAAACUUAAGUCACUUGAUAAGCAUUGAUCUCGGAGGCAAUAAAUUGAUAGGACAGAUUCCCACUACAAUUGGUGGAUUGGAAGAGUUGCAAAGUCUUUCUCUUGAAGACAAUAAGUUAGAAGGAUCCAUCCCAUCUCAGUUAUGUCAUCUAAACAAAUUGGCUUUCUUGUUCUUGACCAAUAACCAAUUGUCAGGACCAAUACCUGCUUGCUUAGGUGAUCUCACUUCAUUAAGGCAACUAGGUCUAGAUUCCAAUAUGUUUUCCUCCUCAAUACCUUCAACGUUGACAAGGCUUAACUAUCUCCUCAUCCUAUACUUGUCUUCAAAUUCUCUAAGUGGUCCACUGCCAAUUGACAUUGGAAAAUGGAAAGUUUUGACUAGUUUGGAUUUGUCGAACAAUCAGUUCUCAGGUGAUAUCCCAACUGGAGUUGCAGAUCUCAAGGACCUCACUCAUUUUUCCUUAUCCAAUAAUAGAAUCAUGGGUUCUAUUCCCGAGUCUUUUGAUGAAUUGUUGAGUUUGGAAUUCUUGGACUUGUCAAGAAAUAAUCUAUCUGGAGAGAUUCCCAAAUCCUUAGAGAAACUCCGUUAUCUCAAAUAUUUCAGUGUCUCUUUUAAUAGACUUGAAGGUGAAAUUCCUGAAGGAGGAUCAUUUGGAAACUACACAAUCGAAUCAUUUAAGGGGAAUGAAGCCUUGUGUGGUGCAGCUCGACUUCAUGUUCCAAACUGCAAAACUAGACCUCUUAGAAAUUCCAAGGCAAAAACUAAGCUCAUAACAUAUGUAGCUCCGCCAAUUGCCUCCACAAUUUUGGUUGUGGUUCUGGUAAUCAUUAUAUUGCAAAAUAGUAGGAGGAAAGACAAAUUGUCACCUCAAGAAGACAUGAUACCUUUAGGAACGUGGAGACGGUUUUCAUUCCACGAGCUUCGUCAAGCUACUGAUGGAUUCAAUGAUAGUAGGUUGCUUGGUAAUGGAAGUUAUGGUUCAGUAUUCCAAGGGACUCUCCCGGAUGGGAUGAUAAUUGCAGUGAAGGUCUUCAAGUUAGAGUUAGAAGGAGCUUUUAAGAGCUUUGAUGUUGAAUGUGAUGUUCUCCGCAACACUCGUCACAGAAAUUUAGUCAAAGUAAUAAGCAGUUGCUCGAAUGAUCUUAAUUUCAAAGCGUUGGUGCUUGAGUUCAUGCCUAAUGGGAGUCUUGAUAAAUGGUUGUAUUUCAACAAACAAUAUUUGGAUAUCCUACAAAGGUUGAACAUAAUGAUAGAUGUUGCAUCUGCAUUGGAAUAUCUCCACCAUGGUAAUGCAACACCCGUGGUUCACUGUGAUUUAAAACCCAACAAUGUUCUAUUAGAUGAAGAUAUGGUUGCGCAUUUGAGUGAUUUUGGCAUCGCGAAACUCUUAUGUGAAGAGGUUUCAAUGAUACAAACCAUGACAAUGGCAACAUUUGGAUAUAUGGCACCAGGUGAUACUUUUAAUCAAGCUCCGUGCUUAUUUUUCCAUUUUCAAUGCAAGUGUAGCAUGUGCAUAGCAAAAGGGAUCAUAUCUGUUAACAUUUGAGUUUCAAACAUAUUGAAUG